AUGCUGGACGGCACCGUCGUUCAGGCCGAGGCCGCCGAUGGCUUGGACCCCAUCUCUGCUCUCCGAGAACAGCGCCGAGCUGCGGUGAGAGCCCAGGCUUUCGGGCGGAAUACUUCCUCUGCAGCUGAGAGCCGAGCCAUGUACGAGGUGGACUAUGACCUCUUCAAGCUGAAGUUCUGGCCAAAGCUGUGCCAAAAGGUGCCCUCUGGCUGCGAUGCGGUGCUGGUCUGGCGUGAGUUUAUGUCCUACAUCAAGGGCUCUUACAGAGUUCUGGACACUGAGCAAGGCUAUCUCGACCUGGCGACGUACCAGGAGAUCACGAGCAAGUGCUCGCCAGGCUUCAAGGACUUUCGCAAGGAGAUCUACGCAGCCUUCAAGACCUACGAGAAGCUUCGAGAGGAGUGGAACUAUUUCGACAGGAUGGAUGUCGCCAGACAUGUCAUACAGCAGCUGAAGAGGACUCCCUAUGAGGGACCGCCCAUUCACUCCGCUGCUGUCGACGAAGUACAAGAUCUGGCCCAGCUGGAACUUGCAGUCUUUUUCGUGGUCAUGAAGAAGCCCUAUGAGGAGCUGUUUCUCACGGGUGACACUUCGCAGACGGUGUCGCGGGCCGUCGAGUUUCGUUUCUGUGAUUUGCAGUCCCUUUUCCAUCAUUUCAAUCGGAGCGAGAAAGUGCCAGAAUUGGAUCAGCUGCUGAUCAACUACCGCAGCCACCAGAAGAUCCUUGCGCUAUCCCAUCGCGGCGUGGUGCAACCGUUGGAACUGGCAUUCCCGCAUGCCAUCGACAAGCUGGCGGCCGAUACGGGGCAACGGGAUGGUGUGCUACCGGUCAUCGUCAAGGAUGUAGCCCUGGAGGAUCUGGCACAGCACAUGUUCAACCUCGACGCCUGCAGCGCAGGCAUUGCCUUCGGAGCCAGCCAAUGCAUCCUCGUUCGCAACGAGGCCUCCAGAAAGAAGCUGCCGCAGUCGCUGUCCAAUGCUCUCGUGCUCACGGUGGAGCAAUCAAAAGGCCUCGAGUUCGACGACUGCAUCUUGGUGAAUUUCUUCACGGACUCAAUGUACGAGGAGUGGCAGACGAUGAAGAUCUUUCUUCCAGACCUUUUGGAAGGGCAGUCGAAGGAUGCAGCUGCACAUCGAAAGCGCCCACAGUUUGAGAACUUUCGUCAUGCGUUGCUCUGUUCAGAGCUCAAGCACCUGUACACUGCCGUUACACGCACGAAGCAUGUGCUCCUGUUCUUCGAAGAGGACAGCGCCAAGGCUUCACACGUCUUCAAGAUGUGGGAAGAUCUUGGCCUGGUCAGCUCUUCGGGCCUCAUGGACGAGUCGAACGAAAAGGCGAGGGCGCAGAUUCACCAGCAUGCCGGUGAGAACCGUGGCAAGGAAUCCUGGGUCCACAUGGGACACAGCCUCCUCAAUCGGCAGCUCUACGAGCAAGCACGGAGUGCCUUUCUUCGUGCGGAGGACCAGAAGAUGGCCAAUAUCUGCGAAGCAUACCUGAAGGCCCAGGAAGCUGCGAGGACGGCAAUGGAAGAAUCGGAAGCGCAGGGUGUUCAACUCUUCCGCGAAGCUGCCAAGCUGUUCCAUGCCAGCGAUGCUCGUCGCGAGGAGGCAGAGUGCUGGCGCUGCGGCGGGUACCUACAGAAGGCUGCGAAAAUCUUCGAGGAUCUUGGCCGAGAGCGGCCUGAUCUCAAGAUCGAAGCUGCCAAAGCCUGGGCUGAGUAUGGAGACCAC